AACAGAGCUUCCGAAGUGGAUUUAAAAGCGUCUCAGAAAUUUGCAAAGGCCAUCAUUAAGUCAGCUAGCCCGCUAAUUUAAUUAGUCUAACACCAUGGCUUUACCUAUGCUACCUGGGAAUUCAGUAAACAGGAAUCUCGGAAAAGAAAAGUUUCACAAAUCUCAACAUUUUGAUUACUGUAACGGAGUUUCAAUGCUGGUGGGAGCAGAGAAGCCAGGCAUCGGCGGAGAAGCGCUCCCGGGACAGAGCGCACGACGGAACUGCUCACUGUUGCCCAGAGGAGAGGACAGUGCAGCUCCGUCAUGGGUAGCCUUUGACAAGCAGGUGCUUUGCUUUGAUGCAUACUUCCAAGAAUCUGUUGCCCAAAGCAGAGAGGAAACGUACAGGGUCAGAAAAUGUAAAAUUUACUUCUACUUGGAAGAUGACACCAUACAAGUUGUGGAGCCAGAGCUCAAAAACAGUGGCCUCCCACAAGGAACACUUAUCCACCGUCACCGCAUUCCUCUGCCGGCUCCCAACGAUGAUCAGUUUUACAAUCUGCACCACUUUAAUAUCGACCAAGAGAUUGUGCUCUACUCCAGGACCUUUGUGAUAACAGCCUGUGACGCUUUCACCUGCAACUUCCUCAGGAAAGUGGGGGUGCGGGUGAGACCACCCGCUGCCACACCAACAGACCCCUAUUCUAAACUUCGGCAGGAGCUGGAGGAAAGCAUGAAGCCACUAAGACCUUAUGAGAGGCUGGACACCCUGAAGCAGUUCCUGGACCAUGACCGCAAUGUCCUUCGCUUUUACUGCUUCUGGGAUGAUACCCAGAGCAUGUUUGGAGACCCCAGAGAGCUGCUCCUGCACUACUUCUUGGCAGAUGACACCAUAGAAAUCAGAGAAGUCAUCUACCCAAACUCUGGCCGAGAUGCAGUCCCUAAAUUUCUGAAGAGGGGUAAACUUCCAAAGCACUCUCCUAUUCCAAAACGGCAGCCUGGAGAAAUAACGAACCACACGGUCCUCAACGUGUUUGGACCAAUGGGCCAAGGGGGUCGCUACAUUUUGGAUAGCCUCAAAACCGGUGCAGUGCAGGAGGAGUUCUACAAGGACUGUGACCUCACAAUAGGAGGGGUCGUUAACGUCUGGGGCCGGAGAGUGAUCGUCUGUGACUGCGAUGACUUCACCAAGGAGUACUACCGUUCUAAAUACGGAAUUGAGGACUUCACCCCCGUGCAGUUCAAGGCCCCUUCGCCCACUAAAGUAGCCCGACAGGUGCCCCCAUACACGGGCUUUGGGUCAGAGGAGGACUCCCUGUGCUCCUGCCAGGGCUUGCUACCCAAGCCUCCGCAGAAGGACUUCAGGAAGCUGAUGGAGAAAGACAGGCAGGGUCUGGAGAGCAACGUGUUAAGAUUUAUGGGCAAAAUGCAGUCUGACAGCCCUGUUAACAAGGAGCGCACCUUCAUCAUCUCCUUCUACCUCAGUGACGACACAAUAACCAUGUUUGAGCCCACCCAGAGGAACUCAGGAGUGAUUGGUGGUAAAUUCUUGGAGAGAAGCCGUGUGAAGAAGCCAGGACAGGAACUCUUUAAGAGCGAGAUGUCUGAGUACUACAAGGCUCAGGACUUGUAUGUGGGAGCGACACUCAUUAUAAACAACCAGCCCUUCCAGUUAGUGGAGUGUGAUGAGUACGCUUUGAACUAUAUGGAACAGCAUUCAGAAGAGUUCCCCAUGGCCAACAUUGGCACUAUUCUGAGCAAGUUGAAGUCCAUCCCUGAUGAGAAGCAUAAAGAAAUCAAACAAUUCCUAGCGCUGAGUGACCCAAGCAACACUGGCUUUAUUCCUUAUGAGUCCUUCAGGUCUCUGCUGGCAGAUGCACAUGCUGGGCUAUCAGAACACGAGACUAUGACGCUGGCCCGCUCGUACGCGGCACGGGAGCAGGCCGAGCCCGACGUGGGAAUCAUGUUGGCUAUUGCCCAGGACCACCUGCGGAGGAAGCACUUUGAGAGCUUCUCCGACAUGCUGCGAGCCUUCACCCAUGAGGACCGGGACAGACUUUCUGUCAAUGUGUGAUAUGGUCCCAAGGGUGUAGAAGCACCGUGAAACCCUCACAUGUUGCGCGAAUGUGUAGUUUCCUCACAGAAAUGGACAGAUGUUUCUGCGUUCCCUGAAAGGUACAGGUAUUGUCAGAGUCACCCAGGCACUGAAGUUGAACAGAGACAGUCAGUCUGAAGUAGAGCAGCCAUCAUUCUGCAGCCCCGUGGCUCCAGAUUGAAGAGCUGCGAUUAGUUCCAGUGGUUCGAGUGAAGCAUUGGAACCAGAUGAUCCCUUCCAGACUUGUGGCAUGUAGCAGAAAAGGGAGAUAGAUGAUGAAGAACAUCAGUGGGUUAAUGUGCAUGCCAUGUUUAUGUGGCUUUGUGGAAAACUUGGUCAUUUUCAAAUUUUUAGACUUUUCCGACUAAGUCUUAAGUUGAUACUGUGUGGCUGCGCUUGUUUCUAAUAUGUUACAGGAAAAAUGACUGUACCUGUCACCUGACCUGCCAAGUAGUUAAUGUCUUUAUAUCUGUUGUUUGCCAUAUAGUUAGAAGGCCUAUGGUCACCUUC